AACUACUACUGUUGCUGACGUCACGGUGGCAGGAAAAUCCAGCAUGGCGCAGCAGAUCCGCUCUCUGGUCUCUGCAAAGUGGCUCGCUGAUGCGGUGAAAAAUAAACUUGUCGGACCCAGCCUGCGGGUGCUGGACACCUCGUGGUACCUGCCUAAACUGAAGAGGAAUCCAUACAAGGAGUUCAAGCAGCGGCAUAUUCCCGGCGCGUAUUUUUUCAACAUCGACCAAUGCUGCGACAAGACGUCUCCCCUGGAUCACAUGCUCCCGAGCGAAAGCCAGUUCGCAGAGUAUGUGGGCAACCUGGGCAUCAGCAACAGCACCCACGUCGUGGUCUACGACGCCAGCGACUUCGGCAGUUUCGCGGCGCCGCGGGUCUGGUGGAUGUUCCGGGUGUUCGGACAUGAUGCCGUGUCGGUUCUGGAUGGCGGCUUGAAAAACUGGACCCAGGAGGGCCAUUCUAUCACCAGCGACCGCAAGAAACCCGAACCGUGUGAAUUUCGGGCGAAGUUGUGCCGCAGCUGGGUGAAAACGUACGAGGACAUACUGGACAACAUAGAGACGAAGAAGUUUCAAGUUGUGGAUGCAAGGUCGGAGGGCCGAUUCAAGGGGAUCGAGCCGGAGCCCAGAGACAAUACUGAGCCCGGCCACAUUCCAGGUUCUAUCAACAUGCCAUUCUACAGCUUCCUGACAGAGGCCGGCCUGCAGAAGCCACCAGAGGAGCUGCAGCAGAUGUUUCGGCGAGCGGGUAUUGACCUGUCACGACCCAUCUGUGCAACAUGUGGCUCAGGGGUUACAGCUUGCCACGUUGCGUUGGCUGCUUUCCAGUGUGGCCAGCCAGAUGUGACUAUCUAUGACGGGGCCUGGUCCGAGUGGUAUACCCGUGCCCUCCCUGAACAUGUCCUGUCUGAAGGCAUGGGGAAGCAUUACUGAUGGGUUAAAACGGCUCCUAUGUGAUACCAGUCUCGGCAGAUGCAGAUAGAAACGUUAGUGAAUGUUCAGUUUGUGUACAAUCCUCCCUGUGCCUUCAUUUUGAUACGAUUAUGUGCCAUUCACAUCUCAGUAAGUCACAGUGUGGUCUUCAUAUAGCAAGAGGCUUAUCAUUUGGUUUUAAAUGCAAUACACUUGGUGGUGGUGAUGGGGCAUGCUUGUUUGUCACUAUAGCUCUUAAAUGUGACUAGUGACUGAAAGUUAAACUAAAGUUAGGUCUCACACUUAGCGUUACUGUUAGGCGGUUAGGUGUCCUGGACAAGCUGACGAGCAAUUCAAUAAGCUGUGUGUUAUAAAAAGAGAAGCGCAAGUGCUCCACCACAACUUCCCCAUCUUCACUGUAAUUCCAACAUGUACUCACCCCACAUUAAAAAUAAUUGCACUAGUAAGUGAAACCAAUAAAAGAGCACAUCUUAAAUGAUGCAUCACCUGGCUGUCAUUGUCACCAAGUGAGUAAAAGCAGAGCACGUCACCUCCCAAUUGAAAAUUUCUAAAAUGCACAUCUGCAUAUAUUGGAAAGGGAUUUUCCAAAGUGUAAAUUUCAUGCUUUUCUUGAGUAGGAUCUCUUACAUUUGGUUAUCUGUGUGGGGUUUUCAUAUUUUUGUGACCUCCUAGUGAGGAAUUACUUCAGGUUAAAACUCUGAUAACGUCAACUGUCAGAGGAUUAAAAAAAAAAAACCUGGAGAGUUGAAGGCUCAAGAAAUGUGUGUUGCUCGUGGCUGGUUUAGAUAGAGACCAAACCCUUCCUUGCUGUGGACACCACACCCAUUCUUGGAAACUGGCACCCCGAAGAGCUGAUAAGUCGCCUACCCCAUGUGCGCGUUCUGCUCUACUGUAAAUGGGUAAUGGAAGGGCUGGCCUAAAAGAAA